UUGGCACUUUCCUCGUCCACUUCUCGCCCUUUUUUCACUAUAUAAACACCACCUCCCUGGCUCUGAAAAGGAAUCCAUCCAUCCACAGCGCACACCUCCAAACUCCUCCAAACUUUCUCGUGAUUCGUGAAUUCGUCUACUGCUUUCCCAACAACAUAUACUGAGUGCAAUUCCAUGGAAGACCGAACCUGGAGUCCUGUCCCAUCUACUGCUUCGAGAGGCUACCCGUCGAAGAUAAAGUCCCAUUUCGAACUUUUUAUCGAUUUUGAGGAAGUAGAUGGGGACGACGAGCUCAAGACCGCAUAUUCAUGCCCAUUUUGUGGAGAGGAUUUUGAUCUUCUGGAACUGUGUUGUCAUCUUGAGGAGGAUCAUCCUGUAGAAGCAAAGACUGAGAUUUGUCCUCUCUGCCUUACUUGGGUGGGGACGAAUUUGGUUGAGCACAUAUCAGCACAUCGAAGCAUACUUGAGAGUCAAAUCAAACCUGGAUACCCUAAAUUUGAGCCUUAUGGAGCCCUGUCCCUUUCUAGAAAAGAUCUACUGGAUGGAGAUGGAUGCUGGCCAUCCUUUUCUACUGGUUCAUCUUCUGAGAUUUCUACAUCCAAGACAGCAUGUGAUCAAUUGCUAUCAUUCCUUCACUGUCCAGCUGCUCCAGAUGAACGUGAAAAUCUGCAGCCUGCUUCUUCAAGCGAAGUAAGCAUAGAAAAAGUAGACUCAAAGGAGUCAGUAUUAGCAAGAAAUGGUCAACAAUCCUUUUCUGACGAAGACGAGAUAUGGAAAGCACAGCGAGGUGCGUUUGUACAAGAACUUCUUAUUUCCACUAUCCUAGACCCCGACUUCUGAUUGAGAAGAGCAUGGACAUUGAUCUUUCUUUUUUUUCGACUUUGACGAAAAGAGGGGGUUAAAGGAAAAGGAAUUAGCUGCAGCAGCCAGUCUCUAUCUUGAAAAAGAUUGUUGAUCAUAUUUUCCCCCCUGAGAAAUUAGUGCAAACUUAGUCUAGCAUGGUACGGUUGAUCAUGUAAAGGAUGGACCUUAGUGACAUAGCUUGAUUUGCGUAAUUGAAAGGUCUUGAUUGGAUUAGUUUACUAAUUUUUAGCAGCAAUUCUAUACAAGAAUUUCUGUAUUUUGUUGUACAAGCUAAGUUAUUUAGGGAGCCAAGCUGUAUAGGAAAAUAGGAAUUAAAUGUACUGUCUAUAUGGUAUAUAGGAAAUUAGGAAUUAAAUGUACCGUCAUUGUAGGCAAUGUAAUUUUGUAGUUCAUAACA